CGAAGAUGAGGAAGAACGUAUGAUCGUAGAAGAACUAAGAUCAGAUGAUAUUGGUUUGUUUCUACAAGAAAAAAAUCCACGAAAUUGUGCAUUGAAUUAUAUAGAGUUGACAGUGCCGAGUUACACGGAAAAAGAGUUUCGAAUGCAUUUCCGCAUUUCCAGAAACUUAUUUGAAAGCCUUAGCCAAAGAUUUUCUGUUUCGGACUUUUACAACAAUUUAAGGGCUGACAAAAGGCUUCUUAGAAAAAACUCAUUUGCUCGUGUUUUUAUGGUUUGCUGGACAUGAAGCCUGCAGCUAUAGAGACUUAGGGGAUCGUUUUAAUCUAUGCCUGUCAUCAGUAUGUAAAAUAAUUGCCAGAGUUACUAUGUUCAUUAGCUCAUUGAGUCCAGAUGUUAUAAAAUGGCCUACUCAACAGCAAAACCUAGAAUCAAGCGAAUUUUUCAACCGUACAUGCUACUUUUCUAAGGCAAUAGGUUGCAUUGAUGGAACCCACAUCCAAAUUGACCCACCAAAGAGAUCAAAGGACGAUUACAUAAAUAGGAAGGGAAUUACGUUUAUAAACAUUUUCGUGGGAUAUCCUGGUUCUAGUCACGACAGUUGGGUUUUACAAAACUCCACUAUUUAUGAUAAGUUGCCGUCGUAUUGUGGAGAUUACUACCUUUUGGGUGAUUCUGCAUAUCCCUGCAAGAAAUAUUUAGUAACGCCCUACAGAGAUAAUGGGCAUUUAACAAAUGCCCAAAAAUACUUUAAUUUAAAUCUGAGCUCUGGACGUAUCGCUAUAGAACACUCGUUUGGCAUGUUGAAACAAAGAUUCCGUCAGAUAUAUUAUUGUAAGCUCAGAGGAAUGGAAAAACUUUGCCACUUCAUUCCAGCCUGUUGCGUUUUGCACAAUAUAGCUAACGAAGAUGAUUUGGAUUUUAUUUGCGACACAUCUCCAGAUGUUACUGAUGACUUCACCGCUCAUGGCGACAUUUCAAGGGGGAAUCAUGUGCGAGGUCCUAUAUGCCAAGAGAUAGAACUUCGUCGUAAUACAUAGAACCGCAGUUGUACAAAAUGUAUGUUUGUGUGAUUAAUUUUAUGGCAUUUUGUUAA